AUGUGUGCUAAAAAAUUGAAUUAUGCUGCUGGUGAUGAUCUGAAAUUAUAUGCUACGCCUGAAGAAGCUAUGAGAGAAGGUAAACGACAACUGGAAGAAGAGAAGUUGAGAAGGCAACGAAUGUAUGAAGUAAAUAAUAAUAAAGUUGGGGUUGAUACACGUAUCUAUUCAGCUCCACCAAGUGUGGGCAUUCCUCCAGGUAACGGGCGAGAUGCGAGAAACUGGAGUCACAAUUCCUAUAACCAAUCAUAUGCCAACAGAACCCCUCCGGUUAAUAACAUACAAAGCCAAUUCCAGAAUACUCCUCCAAAUAAUAUUUCAUAUAAAUACCAGCAUAAUGCUGUUCAUAAUUCAGUUCCUGUGUUUGAUAGAAAUAAGGCAAUUAUACAGCAAAGGCCACCUCUAAUUAACAAUGUCCCCAACCCUUCUUUACCGCAGGUAGAUCAACAGAGACAUUCUAGUUUGAGUUCUUUAGGAGCAGUAAACCAGACACCAAUCACCAAUUCCCCUAGUGCAAAAGAAGAUAGGGAUAAUAAAAUAGCAUUGACUCUUUUCUCUAAUCAUGAUAGUAAAGGUAGAGGAAGACUUACAGCCGAGGAACUACAGAAUUUCCUACAAAAUGAUGAUGGUUCAUAUUUUUGCAUAUCAGCCAUUGACGCAUUAGUUAAUCUCUUCGGUGCUACAAGAUUUGGUACAAUUAAUCAACAAGAAUUCGUCGCACUUUAUAAGAAAGUUAAAAAUUGGAGGGUUAUUUAUGUUGAUAACGAUAUAAACCGUUCAUGCACUCUUAAUGUUAAUGAAUAUCAUAAUGCUUUACAAGAAUUGGGUUAUUUGAUACCCUUUGAAGUAACUGAAAAAUUAUUUGAACAAUACGCAGAGUUCAUAAAUCAGGCUGUAAAUAGUAAAGAAUUGAAAUUUGAUAAGUUUGUUGAAUCACUUAUUUGGUUAGUACGUUUAUCCAAACUUUUUAGAAAACAUGAUGUGAAUAAAGAAGGCAUUGCCUCAAUACAAUAUAAGGAUUUUAUAGACAUGGUAUUGUAUUUGGGUAGAUUUUUGCCACAUUAA